AUGAGCACCAAACUUAGUCGCAAACGAUCGCGCGUAACACUCGACUCGGACGAAGACGAAACGCAGCAGCUGCGACAGCCUUCACCUGCGCUGUCUUCACGCAGCGACACGCUGAAGCGAUCGAGAACCCAAUGUGAGCUCGAUGAGCUGGACAUCAUCGAGCCAAAAGAUGCAUGGACUGUCGACAUCAGCGCCAUUCUAGCCAGCCCUGCGCUCGCUACACCACCAGACAGUGGAUUCAAGCCUCACAACAACUGGCAACGAUACAAGAGAGGGCAGUGUAUCACAGUAUUAUGUGUGCAGGGCAACCUGCAGCUGCACUACAACCUGCUAUGCUCUGCUCUGGACGAACUCUACAGUGUUUCACCCUCGCUACAAGCCAUCGUUCUCUGCCACGACCCUUCCACACACAAGCCUUCCACAAUUGCGCCGUUCUCGCUACCCCUAAUCUCAGCUGUAGAUCCACCGAACAACCACUUCGUACGUCUAGGCCUGCUUCAUCCUCUUGGAGGGGGAAAGUUCCCGCUCGAUGCGCUCGCAGUCAUCGACAGAAAGGGCCGUCGAAGACUCGUCCUGCCAUUUGGCUGGGGGGCUGGCAAACACGCGGACACGCCUGCUGGCAAGAGCAUACAGACUAAGAUGAUGAUGUUGCUGAAACACUGCAUCGAGACGUUGGAGAAAGAGGCAUAA